CUUGACACACCACCACCGCGAAUCCCUCAACACUUAUUCCACAACAUCCGGUCGUGAUCUCCUAUAACUGUAUUUGUUCUUCUCGAUCUUGGACAGUCUGACUGCUUCGUCAAGCUUGAGUUCCUCCUGGACUAUGGCCACUCCUUGCCCCCUUCUCCCAACAUGCAACAUUGUCACCCCCAUAGGCAUGCUUGGGUACGGCCUCGAUGAGUCUAUCACAGCCUCUCUUCUCGCAGCUGUAAUACCGAACGGUUCACCUACAGCGCUAAUUCUGGACUCGGGUAGCACUGACAGCGGACCCGAGAAACUUGCGCUGGGCCAAAUGACAUCGCCUCGAACGUCGUAUGUAAGAGAUCUUAGGAAACUGAUAAGGUUGGCGUGGCGAUUCAAAGUCCCACUUGUGUUCAGUUCGGCCGGGGGUGAUGGAAGUGAUGAGCAUGUUGAGGAGAUGGUAAAUGUGUUGAAGGAGAUUUGCGACGAGGAGGGGAACGAACACUAUAAACUCAAGCUCAUCGCCAUCUACUCCGCAGUCACAAAGACCUUCGUCCACGAGCGUCUCAAGAAGCAUGCCAUCUCCGGCUGCGGGUCGCAAGUACCACCUCUCACAGCCGAAUUGAUAGACUCUGCGCCACGCAUCGCGUCCCAAAUGGGCCCUGAGCCCUUCUACGAUGCUAUGAUGGCCACACCAGACUUCAACGUCAUCGUUGGUGGGCGUGCAUACGACCCUUCGCCAUACAUCGCCUUUGCAGCAUGGGCCUCCAAGACCUCGCUCAACGACACAGCAACCCCCGAGGCAAAGUCUCUGUGGGGCGGCUUCACGCACAUGGGCAAAAUACUCGAGUGCGGUGGCCUUUGUGCGACGCCCAAGUGCUCAGCCGUGCGUGCGACUGUCUACCAAGACGGAACUUUCGAUCUCACCCCUGGAGAGCCGCAAAGUAGAUGUACGCCAGUCAGUGUGAGCGCGCAUACAUUGUAUGAGAAGAGCAGACCGGAUCUACUUUACGGCCCCGGCGGAUGGCUCGACCUGACAAAAAGUUCGUAUGAAUCAUUGGAUGAUGGGCGGACGUGCAGGGUUAGAGGCGGGUGUUUCACGUUCUCACGUGAUGCGGGGCAGAAGUACACAGUCAAGUUGGAGGCAGCCAGGGUGGUAGGAUAUAGGUCGAAUUAUAUGGGGAGUGUGAAGGACCCUAUUCUUAUUAGCCAACUAGACUCAGUGCUCAAAGCGAUCAAGACAUAUGUUGCACAACAACAUGAAGGUGUAGAUGGGCAGUGGGAUCUUGAUUGGCAUGUCUACGGCCAGCAUCAAACGACAGCGGAUGGUAGGCCGGCGGAAGUAUUCCUUAUCGGUGAGGCCCUUGCGUCAACGCAAGAAUUGGCAAGGAGCAUAGCGUCGACGGCGAGGAUAGCCACAGUCCACGCACCUUAUCCGAACCAAAAAGCCACCUCUGGCAAUCUCGCUUACGGCCUCGGCGGCAAGAUGGAGAGCGAUCUAGGGCCUUGCGCACAAUUCUCGAUAUACCACCUCGUGCAACUGGAGGAAGGCGAGGAACGACUCAAACUUGGCACCGACUCGAACGCCCUCUAUCGGCAAGAACUGACCGUUAUUGGUCGGGGUCAUUCGCAGCCAGCCAUAUCUGACCCACCCUAUUCCAAAAAGGAAGAACAUGGACAGACACCGCCGUUGUUAGAGACGUCCAUUGGCGGUGCACAUUAUCCGACUUCACCAAAGACACUUGGUGACAUAGCGCGUGUGUUGCGUUCCAAGAACGCUGGUCCGUAUGAGAUAACGUUUGAUGUCAUGUUCGCGACUCAACCCGUCUUUCAGCUUGUCAAAUCGUCGGGUUGUCUCAAUGCAGCCGUGAUCGCGGGGCUCAACGGUAUUUCGAAAGACCAAGUUAUUUGGAGCGGCUUCUUUGAUCAAGCGCUCGCAUACAAAGCGACAAUUCCAAGGCUGUGGAGAGGAAACCCGACGCCCAAUGGAGGUUUCAUGGAGAGUGACGUGCAUGGGAGUCAGAGGUACAUCGGCUUACUGAACCUUCCAUUGUCGAAAGCCUUCCUGGUUGAAUGGAGCGAUCUGGUCGCGAAGAGGAGAGUUGACAGCGGAGUCUAG